AUGUCGACACUCAAGCGGAAUUGCUUUUAGGCCUUUUAAUUGGACAAAUUGAACAUAAAGAUUUGUUUUGUUUUGAAGAAACAAAAAUUUUCCUUCAAAAUAAGUGAUAAAUUUUCAUUAAUUAUUUAAGUUUUCUUGGUGUUUUUUAUAUAAUUGUUGUUACCUACAAAUCUAGGAACAUUGCGUACCAAUAAAUACUUGGAUUAUUGUGUUUUUCUUUGUUCGUAAUCGACUAAAAAAAUGACUGGUGAAGGGCAAGGAGACACUUCCAGCCGGGAAAGUAACGACGGUUCUUUUGAUUGUAAUAUCUGUUUGGACACUGCUAAAGAUGCUGUUGUUUCCAUGUGUGGUCACUUAUUUUGUUGGCCGUGUUUGUAUCAAUGGUUAGAAACUAAGCCUACACGUCAGGUUUGCCCUGUUUGCAAGGCCUUAAUAUCUCGAGAUAAGGUUACACCUAUUUAUGGUCGUGGAUCAUCAAGACGUGAUCCCAGGGACACAUUACCACCAAGGCCACCCGGUCAACGGACUGAACCAGAACCUCAUCCAUCAACCUCUUUCCCUGGAUUCGGUUUUGGUGAUGGAGGUUUCCAUAUGUCAUUCGGUAUUGGUGCCUUUCCAUUCGGUUAUUUCUCCUCUACAAUAUUCAACUUUGGUGACACAAGACCAGCCCCUUCACCCACAAACCCCGAUUACCUAGAAGAUGCUCUUCUGAGUAAAAUGUUUUUCUUUGUGGCCAUGAUACUACUUUUCUAUCUUCUCGUGGCAUAGCGUGUUACCCAAAAGAGUUAGAUUUCCAUAGGUGUUAAGUGAAACAAAAAACUAUUGACACAAUUUACAUUCAAAACCAAGUGAAACUUCAAAUCGGUGAAGUAAAAUAAGUCAAACCAAUACUAAAAAAGAAUCCAAACUUUCUCAUCAAUCAAUUGACAACAAAAAAAACAUCAGAAAAAGGUUUAUUUCUAAUCAAUAAUUUUUCAAUCAAUUCAAUUUCUCAUAAACAACAUCACUAUAAUAACCAUCUGAUUUAUACUAGAAAGAGAGAGAAAAGGAUCAAGAGGUAAUUAAGUGAUUAACUGCUUUUGGAAUAUCAGUUUAUUAUGGUUGCAAUGCACUGGAUUAUCAAAGGAAAUGUUUCAUUGCAAUGAAAAGGAUUCACAAUUUGCUUAUUUCAUCUUUUAUAUGGUUGUUUUCUUCAUCUUCAUUUUCUUACAUCAUUCCUCUUCUCUCUCCAUCUAUUAAUUGUUAUCACUUUUUUCGCUCUUUCAAGUAUUAUAAACUCAUCGCAUUUGAUUGUAACAUUAAGAGAAAAGCCGAUGGAUUUAAUAAUCUAAAUCGAAAUCGAUACGUAGACCCUUAUGUCUAUUUCCAAUGUAAUGAUCAAUUGACCAGCAUCUGAGUUUCUCUCAAUUUUUCUCAUGGGUUUUCUCAUCUAUUGUAAGAAAACAAGAAACUAUUUUUUCUGUUAAAUCUUUAUUCAAUCCUGUAAUAAAUUCUGUCACAUUUCAUUUUUCCCUUUAA